CGUGUGUAUGUGUGUUUGUUUAUUGUUUAUUGUAUGUAUUGUUGUAUUGUUGCUGCUCCUCCACAUGUGAAGUUCCUAACGGAAAAAUAAAGUUAUUUGAAUUGGAUCAUCGCGCACUAAUUUUCUUCCUCCUGAUUAGAAUGAUAAGUGGAGGAGGUGCAGCAUCAGUCCAUCACUAGUCCCAGCGGUCCCUCCCUCCACCUCCAGCAGCUUUAUAAGGCUGCAGCGCUGCGGCCGUCUGUCACUCCACCGCCACUAUCUCACAGCGUUUGUUCCGGCUGCUUUGGAUUAUACCUGCAGUUUUUACACAAGGGACAAGAUCUACUUUAAAAGAAAAGAAUAUUUCGGAAGGAUUUGUCCAGGAGAAGAGGUGGAAGAUGGAUUCCGGCUGCUCGGUGGUCAGGCAGCCGUCCCCCCGCACAGUGAGCCGCAGCCCGGACACACACGGCAGCCAGACUUCACUGUGGAGACCGUGGUUAUCCAGCGGCAGGGAUGGACCGAAGCGGUGCCCACAGAGCAAGCUGUCCUGUCCUUCCUCCAGACCCAAAGUGCCAGGCUGCUUCCUGUCAGAUGGGAAACUUCAGGCCUUGCAGCACCCUGUCAGGCUGUUCUGGCCCAAAUCCAAGUCAUUUGACUAUCUGUUCAGUGAUGGAGAGGCUUUGCUGAGGAACUUCCCGACUCAGGCAACCAUCAGCUUUUAUGAUGACUCUGACAGUGAAGAUGAGGAAGAGGAGGAUGAAGACUCCGAGGAGUGCCUAAAACAGCAUCAUUUCACCUGCUACAACUGAGUGACGGGAGCAUCUCUGUC